CCGGAGCUGCCGCCGCUGUCGGCGCGCGCCGCGGCGGCCAUCGACCCCGCCGAGCGCACCGCCCAGUUCUGGGUGGACGAGGCGCAGGCCGGCCUCAAGGCGCGCCUGCGACACGACACGAGCCAGGGCAAGGCGCGCAACGUGGUCAUGUUCCUGGGCGACGGCAUGUCCGUGCCCACGCUGGCCGCCGCGCGCACGCUGCUCGGACAGAACCAGGGCCGCACCGGCGAGGAGUCACAGUUGUCUUUCGAAGACUUCCCCACUGUGGGAUUAGCCAAGACGUAUUGUGUGAACCAUCAAAUAGCGGACUCCGCGUGCACGGCCACCGCGUACUUGUGCGGCGUGAAGAACAACUACGGCACCAUCGGCGUGACGGCGGCGGUCCCGCGCCGGGACUGCGCCGCGUCGCUGGUGAAGGCCAACCAGGUCGCCUCCAUCGCAGAGUGGGCGCUGCAGGACGACCGCGACGUCGGUAUCGUGACCACGACGCGUAUCACGCACGCGUCUCCCGCCGGUGCAUUUGCUAAAAUAGCCAACCGAAAUUGGGAAAGUGACUAUGAUGUGCUAGACGAAGACCGGGACCCGACAUUGUGUCGGGACAUUGCGCACCAACUCGUGCAUUCAUAUCCUGCUAAUCGGUUUAAGGUUAUUUUAGGAGGUGGAAGAAAAAAAUUCUUGCCACAUACAAUGUACGAUGAAGAAGGCACUCAAGGCGAUAGAACAGACGGCCUCAAUCUAAUCGAAGAAUGGGAAGCUAAUAAAGCCUCGCAGAACGUUACCUACAAAUAUGUGUGGAAUAGGGAACAAUUGAUGAAUGUAUCGCAAUCACCACCAGAAUACCUUUUGGGGCUCUUCGAAGGCAACCACAUGAAAUAUCAUUUAGACGCAAACAAUGAGACGGAGCCCACCCUCACUGAGCUCACGGAAAUUGCUAUCCGAUCUCUCAGUCGUAAUGAAAACGGCUUUUUCUUAUUUGUGGAAAGUGGACGCAUCGAUCACGGACAUCAUGACAAUUUGGUGCAUAAGGCGCUCGACGAGACGAUUCACUUGCACUUGGCCGUGCAGCGCGCCACCGAACUGCUAUCGGAGGAAGACUCUUUGAUAGUGGUGACCGCUGACCAUUCGCACGUUAUGGCUAUCAAUGGAUAUACACCACGCGGUAGUAGUAUUCUUGGACGCUCUAACGAAGUGGGGGACGAUGGCAUACCCUACAUGACCAUUUCAUAUACCAACGGACCCGGCGCCCGCGGCCAUGUCAACGGAUCCCGAGUGGACGUCACUGCUGAUGAUGAUUUCGGGAGCAACGCGUGGAUGACCCACGCGGAGGUGCCGCUGGAGGACGAGACGCACGGCGGGGACGACGUGGCGGUGUUCGCGCGCGGGCCGCACCACGCGCUGUUCACGGGGCUCUACGAGCAGAGCCGCAUCCCGCACCUCAUGGGCUACGCGGCCUGCAUCGGGCCCGGCCUGCACUACUGCAACGCUACCUCUACUAUGCGAAGCUCAAUAUUUUUAAUAUUCUCUUUAUACUUACUGAAUACACUAUUUCGACGGCGAUGA